AUGAUGAACUUCGAAGACGUUGUUAAUAUGGACUGGGUGUCCAAUGAAGAAGUGCUAACCCCAGAUUACUCUUCUUUCUUUGUUGAUCAGCAAAACAAUUUUAUCUUGGAUCAACCAUUGCCCCCCCUUCCUUCUCCAGAACAACAACAACAACAACAACAACAAGAACCUGUCAAGGGUGAGAUAACCAUGCAUACCUUGGAACAGAUUAAGCAAUUGAUCGAGUUGGCUAAACAGCAGCUCGCCGCAAGAGAGCAAGAAAUACAGACUGCUGCGCCUUCUGUUAUAUUUGCUCCUCCUGCAGAGAAUAAAGAAAGCAAUGAGAAUAAUAAUGAAAAUACUGCUACGGAUACUAGCAUGAGAGACGAAGACGCCAUCCAAGACUAUAAGCAAUUUGAAGAAGAGUAUGACUUGAUAAAGAAAGGAGAUAAGCAUAAUGAAGAAACUGUUACUACUUUAGAAGCCUAUGCUGCGGCUGAUGGAAUCGAUCUAAAGAAAUUGACCUCCAAAGAACGUCGACAAUUACGUAAUAAAAUAUCUGCAAGAAAUUUCAGAGUUAGAAGAAAAGAAUACAUCACUUCCUUGGAGGAACAAGUGGCUGAACACAAAAAAACAGCUGAAGAAUUAAAAGAAAAAUUAACCAAAGUUGAAGAAGAAAACAAGACGUUGAAGAAAGAAAUGGACGUCUUGAAGAGACAAAACCAACAACUUUUGUCUAUGCAACAACAACAACAGCAACAACCUUCAUCACCACGCGUUUCUGCAUCAUUACCCAAGCCUAAUAUUAACAAGGAUAUCAGUUUGUUAGGUACAAAGCCUACAGAAUCUUAUCGUCAUCAACAAGACCAUCACUGUAUUCUUGUCUCCAACGCAGUUAUGCCCGUUUGGGAUUACAAGACUAUUUUACAGGAUGCCAAGAAACAUAAAGAAUCAGCCUUGUUUCGAGAAUUGGCUGGUCAUUUUCUGCUAUUUGUCGUACAAAUUGCAACAUCGCUUCAACCCAAACCAUACAUGCCUGAUGAACUUCAAUUCUCACCCAAGACUAAGUCCACUUCAUACAUGGAGUAUUUAUAUGAUACAUUAAUUCAAGCUUCCUUGGUCAGCAGCUCAACAGUUGACAAAUCUUUUCUUUGGUCUGAUAGCCCUUUUGUAAUUUAA